AUGGAGGCCAUCGAGAUGGCCGUGUUGUCGGACCGCUGGUCUAUGGAGAUGGGGCCUCCAACCUCCCAAUUCACCGAUGAGGUAUGUGCUGCCCCCGAGACCAGUGUAACCUCCCACUACGGGGCCAGCUGUCGGGCUGCGACCCCCCGGUUUGCCGAUCUUAGGACUCCGGUUAUUCCUCCUGAUUACCAGCAGAUCCCAGGGUACGAAGCCCACCGUCAGCGACAGGAGACUCGCGCACUCAUGGGAUCGAUUGCGGAGCGCCGGGGCAAGCCUACCCCCGCCCCAAUCUUGAUCUAUGGUGACGCUCCGAGUCCUCCGUCGCGCCGACGACGUUGGUAA